AGCUUGCGAUUGGCCUGUCGAGGAUAGGGCAAUUGACAGCGAGGUGGGGCGGAUGUGAACUAUUGGUUGGUGGUGGUGGUUGCACUGUGCAGGGAAAAUGGCUGCCUUGGAAAGGGUGAAGGUGUUGGUGCUGGGCGACUCAGGUGUGGGCAAAUCAUCACUUGUCCACCUGUUGUGUCACAAUCAGAUGUUGGGAAACCCAUCUUGGACAGUGGGAUGCUCCGUUGAUGUCCGAAUUCAUGACUACAAAGAAGGAACUCCAGAAGAGAAGACCUACUACGUAGAGUUAUGGGAUGUUGGCGGCUCAGUGGGCAGUGCCAGUAGUGUGAAAAGUACACGUGUUGUAUUCUACAAUUCAGUUAAUGGCAUAAUUUUAGUUCAUGACUUAACCAAUAAGAAGUCUUCCCAGAACUUGUAUCGAUGGUCUUUGGAAGCACUCAACAGAGAUGCGGCUCCAUCUGGAGUUGUGGUGACAAAUGGGGACUAUGACCGCGAACAGUUUGCUGACAGCCAGAUUCCUCUGCUCGUCAUCGGGACCAAGCUGGACCAGAUCCCAGAAACAAAGCGCAAUGACGUCUUGACCAGAACUGCUUUUCUUGCUGAGGAUUUCAGUGCAGAAGAAAUUAAUCUGGACUGCACCAAUCCUCGCUACCUGGCUGCAGGCUCUUCCAAUGCUGUCAAGCUCAGUAGAUUCUUUGAUAAGGUCAUCGAGAAGAGACACUUUUUACGGGAUGGUAACCAGAUUCCUGGCUUCGCAGAGAGGAAGCGAUUUGGAGGUGCCUUUGUAAAGAGUCUUCACUAUGAUUGACCUUCACUUGCCAUCCAGAGACUGUGGGAAAUCUCUCACUUUCACUGUAACAUUCCUGUUGCUGCAGCAGAUGCUUAUGCUUGGCAAAAUCAGGUUCUCUAGCACAUAAACCCACAAGACUGUUCAAAUACAAGGACUGGCGAAUAUAUGCAGAAGGAGUUUUUUGGAGAACAGUCACUUGAUUCUUUUCGAAAUAUGAGAUCUUUUGAACAAACAGUACAGUAUAUCCACUGUAUAUUCAGCAUCAUUGUGGGAUAUGCUGUGACAGGAUGUAUGAACUUGUACUGCUACCCCUAGCAGAAUAAUCAUGCUGAGUGGGAUGCUGAAAACAAUUCUUUAAUUAAAGGUUUAUAAGGAAUGAAAAUGCAGCGUUCCAAUUUAUUUAACAAUAUUCCAGAUGAGACUAUACCACUGUUUGUAAACCAUUGCUAGAAGAACCCUGUAUUAAAAAUGUAUAUGAGCAUUAAAAAGUUGCUCAUAGAUAAGCUAAGAGAAAUUGGAAGAGGCCUGGAAAAAUUAGAUUGCAAAUAAAUGGCUUUGUAUUUUUUUAAAAAGAAGUAUAUUUAAUAUCUAUCAUUUUUUGCAUUAAUCAAUGGAAGUGUACUUUUAUGCAGUGCAUAACUGGACUGUUGAAUGCAUUGCAAGAGUAGACUAGAGCAGGAAUUUGGGCAAGUUUGGGAAGUAAGGGAGUGAGAUAUUAGAUAAUAUGUCUGAUUUCUUGGAGAGUUCAUUGACUACCAAGAACUUGCAUUGGGGAGUAUCCGUUGCUUUUUUGAAUAAUUUCAUGUUCAGCAUUGUCAGUCAGUCAAAUUAUUAACUGUAUGGUCCCUAAAGCACCAUUGUGAGUCACGCAACUAUACAGUUAAAAAUGCCUGUAUGACCUGCCACAUGACAGGAAAGAAUGUUGGAAGAUCACUUUUCUACAAAUGUGCAAAGAGUUGUAGCAAUAGUGUUGCUUUUUCCCCUCUUGCCACAGACCAGAACAAGGCAAGGUGGGGCUCUCCAGAUGUUGCUGAACUAAAUCUCCCAUCACUCUCAGCCACAGUUUAUUACAGCUGAGGAUAAUCUUUCUUCUUUAGACUGUGAGCCCUUUGGGGACGGAACCAUCUUAUUUAUUUAUUAUUUCUCUGUGUAAACCGCCCUGAUCCAUUUUUGGAAGGGCGGUAUAGAAAUCGAAUAAAAAAUAAAAAAUAAAAUAAAAUAAAAUAAAAUGAAGUAGUUCGUCAACAUCUGGAAAGCCACAUGUUGCCUUAGCCCUGCCAUAGAUCUUCUAAACAUAAGGAGAAAGUGGUAACAAUGGAAGAAAAUGCUUUUGUAAAAUUGACAACUGAAUUCUGCUGUUUGUAUUUAUAUCCACAUGAAAUGAAGGAAGCUGAGGGGAAAA